ACAGCGGGCAGCCGAAGGGUCAGGCCAGCCUUGGAGAAGCCAUGCCGGGCAGACAGUCCGACGAGGAACAGGUGAAGGAGGGGGCUGCCGAGAACGGAGCUGACGCGGAGGAGGAGCUGGGGGGCCUCACGGCGGAGGAGCUGCAGCAGGGCCAGGAGGCCGCGCUGGCCCUGGAGGACAUGAUGGCGCUGAGCGCCCAGACCCUGGUCCGAGCCGAGGUGGACGAGCUCUACCAGCAAGUGCGUCCCCUGGGCCAGGGCCGCUUCGGCCAGGUCCUGCUGGUCACCCACCGUCAGAAAGGCACGCCCCUGGCGCUGAAGCAGCUUCCGAAAGCCUCCACCUCCCUCCGUGGCUUCCUGUAUGAGUUCUGCGUGGGGCUCUCGCUGGGCGCUCACUCCGCCGUGGUGGCGGCCUACGGCAUCGGCAUCGAGUCGGCCAACUCCUACAGCUUCCUGAUGGAGCCCGUCCUGCACGGGGACCUCAUCACCCUCAUCCAGCCCAAGGUGGGCCUCCCGCAGCCUGCAGCCCAGCGCUGCGCCUCCCAGCUGGCCUCCGCCCUGGAGUAUAUCCACGCCCACGGCCUCGUGUACCGGGACAUCAAGCCCGAGAACGUGCUGGUGUACGACCCAGACUGCCGGCAGGUCAAGCUCACCGACUUCGGCCACACGAGGCCUCGCGGGACCCUGCUCCGCCUGACCGGGCCGCCCAUCCCCUACACCGCCCCCGAGCUCUGCGCGCCCCCACCCCUCCCUGAGGGUCUGCCCAUCCAGCCUGCGCUGGACGCCUGGGCACUGGGGGUCCUGCUGUUCUGCCUUCUCACGGGCUACUUCCCCUGGGACCAGCCCCUGGCCGAGACCGACCCCUUCUACGAGGACUUCCUCAUCUGGCAGGCCUCGGGCCUACCCCAGGACCGGCCUCAGCCCUGGGUCGGCCUGACGCCUGUGGCAGAUGCUCUCCUGUGGGGGCUGCUGGACCCCCACCCCCGAAAGAGGAGCCCCGUGAGCUCCGUCAGCAGCUACCUGGGACGACCCUGGAGGCAGGGGGAGGGGGAGGCUGAAGAGGUGGACAAGGGGGACGUGGAGGACAGAGAGUGAGAAAGGCCAGGG